AUGGAGCAAUUAAUUAACAACAUUCAAUUGGCUUCUGGAGUUCAAUUAUAUAAAAGUGAAUUAGAUCAGGGAUUUUCAUUAAAUUCUGAAGAAAUUACUGGUGAUCACAUUUAUUUUAUCAAAACUCGCAUUUACAAAUGUUUCAAAUACACGAGUACUCGAUCAAAAAAUGAUUCUUUCUAUUGGGAAUGUAGGGAAAAUUAUAAAGGAUGCAAGGGAAGAAUUGCCUAUAUGACGUUUAAAAAAUCGCAGGAUUUAACAAAUAAUUUUAAAGAAACUCAGCCACAUACAUGUAAAACAAAUGGUUUGAUAAAAAUUUUUGUUUAUUAA